AUGACCCUCCACUCCAUAGUGAUACAGAAGCUACUGAGCACCAACGCCCAUUUGGGUCGUCGAGUAGCAGCCCACCACUUCAAGCAGUUCACCUAUGGAACCCGCAAUGGCAUGGCCAUCAUCGACUCUGAUAGAACCCUCAUCUGCCUCCGCACCGCCACCGAGUUCAUCGCCGCCCUCGCCCAGCAGAAGGCCCGCUUCAUGUUCGUCAACACCAACUCCCUCUGGGAUGAGAUCAUCGAGCAGAUGACGAAGAAGAUCGGCUGCUACAGCCCCUCCAUGAACUUGCUGUGGCGCACUGGGCAGAUGCGGUUAAUAGAUGCUCUCAGGGGAAGAGGCAUGCCUUCCAUGUAUUCAUGGUCUUGUAAGAGAGAUAAUCAAGCUAUAAAAGCUCAGAGUCUCACUUCUAAAUUGUAA